AUGGAGGCAGCUCUACAGGCGCUGAUCGCCGCCGUUGUCGCCUUCAUUGCCAUCUUCCUCCUCUUCUCUCUCAUCCUCUUCCUCUACCCCCGCACCCCCAAAUGCCGCUUCGGACCCUCGGCUCUGCCUGCGCCGCCCCUCCCUCUUCGCCGCCCCCUGCCCACCUCCGUCGUUGCCGAUGAGAGUGCCUCCUUCGACCCUCCCUCCACCACAUCUCCCUCAACGAGCUCGCUGCCGCCAGAAGGCUUCGCUGCCGAUGCCAUCAUCAGCGACGACAGCUUCGGGUCCGUCUACAAGGCACGCCUCUCCUCCGGCGCCACCGUCGCCGUCAAGCGCCUCUCAGCCGACGCCUUCCAUGGCUUCUGCGAGUUCCGUGCUGAGAUAGAGACCCUCGACGGCCUCCACCACCCCCAACUCACCAGCAUCCUUGGCUACUGCAUCUCCGGUGCCGACCGCCUUCUCAUCUAUGAGUUCGUCGAACACGGGUCCCUCGACCACUGGCUCCAUGAGUCCGACUCAUUCUACUGGAAUAAGAUUUUGUCUUUCUUGGAGUGA